CUUUUCAGACAAAUUGCAAAAGUGUCGUGCUGUUCUGUGUUUGGGAGUAUGCACACAACAUGUUCGAUAUAAUGCCAAAACCAUUACAGUACAGAAGAUGUUUGGUUUCUUCCUGUCUGAACCACUUUCUGAAGAAGAGUGUGUUUAGAGAAAGUGAAAACUUGACGCUGUUUCCUGUACAGGUGAGACACAAGUCGGGUGGAGGAUUUAGACCGAAGAAGAAAGUAUACCACAGAGUUCACGAGCUUGACAAAGCCAUAGACCUGAAGAAGAAACCAUCUCUCAUACUCCAACUCAAAUCCAUGAUCCAAUCCCAGAAACACGGAACCAUUCUCCUAAGGGAUCUCGAGAAGCACGUUGGGUUUGUUCACAAAUGGAACUUAAUGGCUGCCAUCGAGAAGUACCCUUCCAUAUUCCACGUUGGAGGUGGAAACAGAGAGCCUCCUUGUGUAAUGCUAACCGAGAAAGCUCAGAAGAUUGCAGAUGAGGAAAGCGAAGCUAUAGAGUCAAUGGAGCCUAUUCUUGUCAACAAUCUCAGGAAGCUGCUGAUGAUGUCUGUUGAUUGUAGAGUGCCUCUGGAGAAAGUUGAGUUUAUUCAAUCCGCAAUGGGUUUGCCUCAUGACUUUAAGAGUAGCUUGAUCCCCAAGUAUCCUGAUUUUUUCUCUGUAAAGGUUGUUAAUGGUAAAGUUCAUCUCGUGUUAGAGAACUGGGACUCUUCACUAGCAAUCACCGCACGUGAAGAGAGGCUAUCACGUGUUCUCGAGCCACCAAGUGAGAACAGAAACAAGGUUAGGAUCACAAAGGAUGGUAACUUCUUGGGCCCAAACGCGUUCAAAGUUUCGUUUCCUCCUGGCUUUAGGCCUAACGCGAGCUAUCUAGAGGAGUUUCAGAAGUGGCAGAAGAUGGAGUUUCCAUCACCUUACCUAAACGCGAGAAGGUUUGAUUCUGCAGAUCCUAAAGCUAGGAAACGAGUUGUGGCCGUGCUUCACGAGCUGCUCAGUUUAACUAUGGAGAAGAGAGUGACUUGCUCUCAGCUGGACGCGUUUCACUCUGAGUAUUUGCUUCCGUCAAGACUAAUACUUUGCUUGAUAAAGCAUCAAGGGAUCUUCUACAUUACUAACAAAGGUGCAAGGGGUACAGUGUUUCUCAAAGAAGGUUAUGGUGGUUCAGGUUUGAUCGAGAAGUGUCCUUUGUUAUUGUUCCAAGAGAGAUUUGUUUCACUCUGUGGUCGGAGAGAAGUGAGCGUGUGUAAUGAUCAAUUGCAGUCUUCAAAUGUUAUCUCCUGAUGUUACCUUUAACCAGAGACAUCACAUUUAGUCUAAAGGGAGCUAGAAACAUUUUUUACUGGUCAUAAUAUAUAAA